UAGUUGUGGCUGGAUUGAAGGUGGCUGUACGUUGGAGUAGUAAAGUGCGGUGGUGACAUCAUGCAUCCCUCCAAGUCUCAAAAACAAGUAACUCGGAUCUUCAGCACUCCCAUCACUAAGUACUCCUCAGGUUAAAUUUUGGUAAGCUUGUCCAAGAAGAAGUUUUUGGUGUCGCAUUAACCUCGACGAUUGCAGGAAAAUACCUCUCGCGUCCCUCCUUAAGCGUGUAUAUCCCUGCGAAUCGUAGGAUCGCGAUGUCCACCAGAAAAAGAUCCAAACAGGACCGUGCCUCCUCCAAAACAUCGCAUGAAACGCCCACAUCUCUAGCCAAGGAGAAACAUCUGCCAGGCUCUUUGUCCGAAGGCUCUGACCAUGUCAACCAGUCAGACUUACCGCCUUCACGACCACACAAAGAUAUGUUAACGCCUGUCUCCCCACCGGGACAUAAGGCACCUUUGCAUUACUUUAUAUACACCUUGGUGACAAUGGCCCUUCUCUUCACAGUGUGGUAUACGUAUAUCACGGCUGUGGAGCUCAAGCACUGGAAAGAGGAAGUCGGGUGGUGGGGAAUGUCUGUUGGGCGAAUUGGGAGGCAACAUGAUACAUCCUAUCGCAACCAGCGGAGAGGUCAGGAGGUGACGGGAGAACUUGAAGGGCAUUUCAGUCAGCUUGCAUCCGCGCUCGGAAUCCACGCAACAGACUUAGCUUCGGCUGUUAAACCAUUUGUGCCGCUUGCGACACUGUCUAGUCUUGCGCCUCAGGCUACCGGUGAGGCGGUUAGGGUUCUUUUUGAGGCCUCGCGUUAGAACGAGGCUUCUGAUGGUGGUGAAAGCAAUGUGGGCGACGCUGUUGAAGGACUUGUGGCCGGGGUUACGUCGAGGCAGAGUGUCCUGUAAUUUCAGAGUUAGAUUAUUAGUACUUGCCGCUAUAGGAGUUAUGAAUAUGAUCAGACUCGCGUAUCUUCCUCCAGUAUCUAUACAAG